AUGGCGGCCGUCAAGUCAAGCGACGUAGCGUCGCUCAAAAUGAUCGACCAGCGAGAUGAGCACCCAAUAUCACCAUUGGCAGCUGCCAAAGCAAAUCCUGUCAUCGUUGCCUACAGUCUUGCCGCCGGGGUCGGUUCACUCUUAUGGGGGUUUGACAUCGGUGUCAGUACCAUCACCAUAGCCUUACCAAGUUUUAAAAUGGUGUUUGGUUAUGAAUACCAAGGCCAGCUUCUCAUUUCUGCGACCUGGAACGCUGUAUGGACUGCCAUGACGUAUCUAGGCAUGUCAGGAGGCGGAAUACUUUCUGGGUGGCUUUCCGAUCGAUUUGGUCGCCGUGUGGCAUUCCUUAUUGCUUCCUGCAUUUCCAUCCUUGGUAUUGGGCUACAGUACGCUGCCAGCGAGCCUGGUUUACUUCUUGCGGGUAAAAUGGUCAAUGGCAUCGCGUUGGGGUUCUUCCUGACUUUGACUCCAACCUACAUCUCCGAGAUUGCGCCACAGUCCUUGAGACCUACGUUGACAGCUACUGUAAAUCUAUUCAUCAGUGUUGGUCAGAUGAUGGCAAUUGGCAUCGGCAACACCCGCUUUUCGAUCCUCACACCGUCGUCUUACAAAGUUGUGUUUGCGGCGCAGUGGGCCUUUCCAUGCUUUCUUGUUAUUUUCGCUCUUCUCAUGCCCGAGAGCCCAAUGUUUCUUCUCAGACAAAAAAGAGUGGAUGCCGCUGAGAAGGCUUUUCGCAGUCUUUACCCUGGUAAGGAGCAAGAUGUGAUUGUGGCUCGGGAAGCCAUUGAGAGAACUAUUGCCCAGGAGGAUGAACUUCAACGUCUACAGGAGGGCACGAACUAUAAAGAGUGUUUCCAGGGUGUCGACUUCCGUAGAACAAGGAUCGCCUGCGGGAUGUUUUUCGUGCAGCAGUUCACCGGAAUUGCCUUCUACGCUCAGUCGCUUUAUUUCUUGGGAAUAACUGGGCUGCCAAUCGACUUGACAUUCAAGCUUGCUCUUGGCGGGUUUGGUGCGGCAAUUUUUGGUAACAUCGCGUCGUGGUUCAUCAUGUCUUAUGUUGGUCGACGGCCAUUGCUUUUGACUGGCACCAUUCUCAACGGAACCCUUCUCGCAAUCGUUGGAAUAGCGGGUUGCUUCAAAUCGUCUGUUGCUCUUUACCUUGUCGCAUAUCUGUUGAGCUUUGCUCAGAUAGUCUAUGCACCCACUGUUGGCGCAACUACAUGGGUUAUCUGUACUGAGGCAAGCUCUCAGAGGCUGCGCGCCCGUACCCAGGGAAUAGCGAUGCUUAAUAACGCCUUCAUCAGCUGGGCGAUGGGAUUUAUGACUCCAUACCUCAUCAAUACUGACAGUGCAAACCUUGGAGCCAAGGCCGCUUUUGUGUGGUUGGGCCUCAGUAUUAUAAGCCUGGUUUGGGUUUGGUUUGAAGUUCCGGAAUUCAGAAACAAGUCGACCGCAGAAAUUGACGAGUUGUUUCAGCGACAAACACCUACCAGGAGAUUUUGA